AUGCACAUAUUUGUUUCGCUUCCUGUUGAUGAGCCCGUCUCCGAAGAUGUUCUGCUUUUCAACGUCAGAAAGGGCCUUGGCUCUUUAGGAAAGGACUGCGACCUGCUCUCCCUCCCAAAAAUAGAAAGUGAGUCUAUAGACUGUCUGUUUGAAGCCGAGGAAAGAACCAUCACUAUUGAGCGUCUUUUAGAGGAUGUAAUCCGGAAAUAUCACGCCUCGUACUUUGCUCUAGCCGGAGCCGCGCUCACCGACAGCGUAGUGCUGGGAAAAAGCUUCGACCACUUCCUAAAGUCGUUCACCUGGGACGACGCAAAGUACCCACUCUGCUGCAGAAUGUCGGAGCUGCUGGGGAAAAUGGAAAGCGAGGUUUCGGACUCCAUAGACGCGCUGAAGAAAAAGGAGAAGACAUACCUUGACGAAAAAAAGCGGAGUGCUUCGGUGGCACAUCCGGAGGUGGAGAGAAAAAUGCACGACGUAGAUCUCGACGAAAUUGUGCACACAGACAACGAGGUGCUCUGCGCGCCCUUUCUCAAAAAGUACUACAUUGGCGUGUACGGAAAGCUGCGCGACAGGGACGUGGAUGCGCUUUCCAAAAUAGACGGCCUGUUUAUAGAGUCUGGAAAGCUUGUGGAAAAGUGUGCGGACGGAGAGAUCUAUGUUUCUCUGGGCCGGAACGACAUUGAAGAAGAGAUCACGCAGCAGGUCGAGAAGAGCGGAUACAUUGUGCGGACACCGCGCCUCACAAAAGAGCAGUAUCUUCUGAAAAAGGAGGAGCAAGGCGAAAUUGCGCAGCAGCUCAAAGAGACAGAGUGCACGUACGAGCGGCUGAUUCUGGGCCGCCUUCCUCGGCUGUACAUCCUCCUCCUGCACGUCAAGCACAUUGGGCUGUACAUUGAGUCUGUUCUUAGGUACGGCCUUCCCUCCAGCUUCUGCUUUUUUAUUCUCGAGAACAAAAGCACCGCGAAAGUUAUACAAAAGUGGAAAAAGCUGGCCGCCUCUUGGAAAUACUCCGAUCGGCUCUCUGCAGUUGAAAAAACAGCAAUUUCCAAGGACAACGAGUCUCUGCACGACUUUGUUUAUAAACUGAUCGGAUGCUUUAAUCUAGACAAAAACAAGGAAUAA